AUGUCUCAAACUCAUAGGAACUACCAGCCCGAGAUCUACUCCCAAGGAGCCACAUCAGGCGUCACUCCUGCCGUCGCCAUAGAUCCUCGUCAACUUGAAGAGCAAGCAAAGACAGCCCUGGGAGUCCGUAGCUUCAACUAUAUUGCGGGUGGAGCACGAGAAAAAGCCAGAAUGUAUCGCAUUGAAGUCCCCGAAAUGCUGACGCAGAUGGAAAACCAGCAUAUCUCAGAUCUUUCUGUAGAGAAAUAUUCCAAUCCUCUUCUUGUGACGUCUGUUGGUUUGCAAUCCAUAGUCUAUGAAGACAAGGAGAUAGGACCUGCAGAGGCAUGUGGGAAGAUUGGGUCCCGUCUGUACUGGCCAGUGGAUGACAUAACAACCUCCUCGUUGACACGUGCAAAGGACAACGGCUUCAGCAUCCUUAUAAUCACUCUGGAUACCCGGUCACUCGCUUGGCGACCAGCUGACGUGGACAAUGCCUAUGCCCCAUUCAUCAAGGCAAUGAGGAACGAGAUCGGCUUCACCGACCCAGUAUUCCGCGCCAAAUUUGAGAAGGAAUCUGGCUGGAGAAUCGAAGAAGACAUUCUGGGCCUUGGUUUUCUUGGGAAGAAUUGGGACGGACCGCUGCUCCUGAAGGGAAUCCAGCAUGUGGGUGAUGCAAAGCCUGCCGUGGAGGCGGGCUGUGAUGGCAUGGUCGUUUCCGAUCAUGGAGAUAGCAUAAAGAUCGUUAUCAGAGGGCUCUUGGCGGAUGUUUGGCAAAACAUGGGGCUAUUGGGGAUUCGGUCUGUGACGGAACGCUACCGCGACAGGAUCCGAAAGGUAGUGUAUCCGGGGGAUAGGCACGCUAUGAUGUAA